GCAGAAGCAGAAGCAACAGGUAGGCAACAGCUCUAAUUUUGAUUUUCUUUUAGUGGUUUUGGGAAUUUUUUUUUUUUGGGAGAAAUUGUGAAAGUUGUGUUCUGUUUUUUUUUUUUUUUUUUAAUAACGGUGGUGGUAGGCAUUUCUUGCUGAGAGAUAUGUAUGAUGAUAUGAUGCUGGAUGGAGUACAGCCAACUAGGGAUACAUUCCAUUCUGUCAUCAGUUAGUGGAAAGGUGCUUUCAUGUUUGUUAUCAUGGACUUUCAUUCUUUCUGGAAUUUUCCGUUUGCUUGAUUUUGUUUUGUUGCAGGUGGAUAAGCAAAAUGCUCAUUUCUUUGGUGUUACGAUCAACGAGCAACAAGCCGAGUGUGGUAUUGUAGUAAGAGUUACUUCAAAUGCACAAAGCAAAUUUAAGUUACUUUAUUUCGAGCAAGAUGUGAAUGGCGGUUAUGGUUUGGCCCUACAGGUACCAUAUCUUCUUUCCUAUUGUGUCUCCAAUCCAUUUUCCAUUUUAUAGUGCAUAUGAUUUUUGCAUUCUGAAAGCUGUCA